AUGUAUACGGUGUUCGAAAUAAAAAGCAGAAAAGGCGGGGCGCGGCAAAUUAGUAUUGAUAAAGUUAAUGAACUGCUCCAAAUUGAUUAUCAAAAAAAUACUAAACCCGGAAGCAAGAUUGUCUUUGACAAGGUUUUAAGUUGUGAAGGCGAGGAGUUCGGGCAACCUUAUUUAAAAAAUGUGCAAGUAAUUGGAGAAGUAGUUGAACAUCAAGGAAAAAGAAAAAAAAUUGUCAUUGCCAAACGGAAAGCCAAAAAACGUUACAAAAAAAAACAAGGUCACCGGCAAGCAUAUACUUUAAUUAAGAUAGUAGAUAUCGCUAAAUUAACUUAA